GGUCUUCACCGCUAGCGUUAUGCAGGUCGACUGGGAGUUCCAUGCUUGUUAUUUGCCGCGAACCGUGCAGAAGACACUUCAAGUACCUCCCAUCGGUCGAUAGUUGAGUUUCCACGUUUUCAUGCUGAACCGGUUCGGAGAUUCAUUUUACGGUACGACUUCAUGCCAGCGGGCGAUUGCUACAAAUUAGAAGAAUAUUGUCCACUUUUAAUUGGCGAUAACUUGUAGCAGAAGGCUCAGAUCGUGCCUCGAGUCGUGGAGUAGAGAGCACGUUCAGUACGCAACAGACUGUUGCCUAGGUCUAACGCGCUGGUAUCGGGCUUUGUUGCAUUGAGGAAGUCCCGAGACGAUAAGACCUAUCGUAUUGUGUCUUAAGAACUUCCGCGCUUCGUGAAGCAUAUACUUGUAGCUAUCGUCUUUGAAGUUGCAGCAAGAUAUCGUCUAGUGUUUGGACCGGGCCGACCGCUACUCCACUUCCAUGAGAUAGAUAAUUGGCUGUGUUCUAUCUUCGCGAACACUUACUCCGCUUGUAGCAUUGAUUAAUCAUCUCUGUGACAGAUAAGAAGAUUUUGACCCAAAGUAGAUGAUUUAAUAUAGCGGAUUGUGUAGCACUGUGGACUGUUUUUCUGCAGGAUAUUCGGAACUCCAAAGACAAGCGUUUCGAUUUACUUGUCAUUACACCAAGCUACGUAUGUUUAAUAAAAUACGCCAGUUAUUGGAUACUCGUCUAACGACACAGUGAGUCCGUUGUAUACGCGGCUCUCAGCGCAGACGGUAUGAGAAUGCGCGAAGAGAGCAGCAGACGAUAGAUUGAAUUCCCAGAGCUCGAGCAGACGACAAACGAUUCGAACUCGGAAGGUGCACAUUAAGGUCGCUGUCGGAUGUACCUGGCCCAAGGCAUGUCUGCGAACUGAACACUCCUCAUAGAAGUAAUAACUACAAAUUCAAGCAUCACAGACGACAGUUUUUUGGUCGAUGGAUAAUGAAAUGACAAAGUCGAGAUGACAUAGCUUAACAGUCAGAGUGCUCUCGAUGUGAUAUGAUGUCCUGACGUGUAUGUGUGGAGAGUAAUAUAUCUCGUUCGUACGAACACAGACACCCAAGCCAUGGAGCCUCACGCCCAGAUGAUCCUGAUCCUCUUCAUAGGACUUAUGCGGUUUUGUUUAACACGUGGGGAUUUUCAUGCCCCGUGUUACGGAUGCCGCCUGUUCAACAUCGUCCACAGGGAACACCCGGAAAUCUCUGUACGUAAACCGGAAAACAAGCUGUGCAGGUACCCAUGCCAGUGCCCAGUGGAGGAACUUCGAUGUAACGAGGGUGUGAACAUCGUGAAGGACGGCUGCAGCUGUUGCUACAUGUGUGCACGACAACGUGGUGACUUCUGCAACAGCAAAGACAUCUGUGACUCACUUAAAGAUCUCUCCUGUCAAAACGCUACAGGGACAUGUCAAGCGAAAGUGAAGAAGUCUUGUACCAUGGAUGGCUCGACCUACCAUGACGGGGAACAGUUUAAGCCUGACUGCAAGCGCCUGUGUACGUGUCAGAACGGUUACUAUGGGUGUGUCAGUCUGUGCCCCCAAGAAGACAGCAAGCCGUCCCUCAAAAACUGUAAGAACCCCGCCCUCCUACCCGUCCCGGGCAAAUGUUGCAAGGAGUGGACUUGUGACAAAUUGGAGGACUUCGCUUACAGAGACAGCUCCAUGGCGCUCGAGAGCCAGAACCUGGUCAUGUACAGACCCUUUGUUUCCCCUCCAACAGUGACAACUCCAAAGCCUGCUGUGACCACACCCACCUGCCACUUGACGUCAACGGAUUGGACGCCUUGUUCUGUGACCUGCGGUGUGGGCGUGUCCGUCAGGGUCAUUGCUGAUGUCAUCAACUGCAAAGCAGAGCAGGAACGUAGAGUGUGUUUUCUCCGGCCUUGUGGGGAAGAAGUUAAUACUUUGGGCCGUAGAAAGUGUACCCCGACAACACGCAGUGGGCAGCGUUAUAGAGUUGAGUACCAGGACUGCCGAAGUGUGAAAGAAUUCAACAUGAAAUUUUGUACGAAUUGUAAAAAAGACCGUUGUUGUUACCCUCAGAAAACCAGGACCAAGUUCGUUGAAUUCGAAUGUAGUGCUGGCCGACGAGAAAUAAUGAACUUCAUGUGGAUCAAGAAGUGUGCAUGUGACCGAGAAUGUUACAUUCCAAACAAGAAGAAGCGUCAUAUUUGGGACAUGCGGCAUUGAAGAAGAUUAAAAUGACGAAUGUAACCACACGCAAAUGAUAAUUUCGAACAUAUGUGAAAACAAUCCAGAAACAACUACUGAGACAUGGCAUGUGCAGAAUGCAAACUUUUCAGAAAGCCAAAACUCUUGGAACCAGAUUCCCCGUGGCAUAGUACCAACAUCCCUAGAACUAAACUGGUUGGAAUCGACAAAUGAUCAAUAAAAUGAGGUAUUUCAAACAAAGCAGACUGGGAAAAUCUCAGAGGAUUCGUUUACUUAAAGACGUUGAUGAAUAAUAAGAGGCCUAAUGGAGUUUGGUCAAUAUCUUGUGAUAAUCUGGAGUGAAACCAGUCAUGUAUAGGAAUGGUCCUCUGUUUAUAUUGCAAACUAUUACAGUGCCUGAAAAUAACAGACCCCAGCAUGUUCGUACAGCAAAUUGCUUAAUAACAGAGACAAAGUUUGCUGAUAUCACCCUGACGAAGCUGCUCACGGAACAUUAUUGAUGAGUCGGCCCGUAACAGCUUUACAGACUUCAAAGAAGUGUGUUGUUAAAACGCAAGCACGUUUUAACAAAAAACCUUAUGACGAAAUAAUCACAAAAUAUGAUCGAUCCAUGGAACCUGUCUCAUUCUCCCGUUGCACUCAAACGGUUAACGGUGGCGGUAAGAUAGAGAUGUCAAUAGCGAUUUCGACAGUGAAAUAUAAUGACAGCAGUUCCAAAAUUGCUUGCAACACGAAUAUGAGGGCCAAGUUAAGGGGACUAAAGUUGGGUUCUAACCUACGUAGUACGCGAAAAAGCAACACAGUUCUUUAGCGUAACUGAUAAAACAAAAUAGGCUGACCUUUUCAGUGUUAAGGCAAUUGUAUUGGUUAAUUGCAAUCUUGGCAGGUACGACAGGAACUAUAUGGAAAAAGAAGAGAAUUUUUUUUAAAAUGAUGAAGUAGUUACAGUGAAGCCUACGAAUACGGACCCCGCUAACCAUUUUGUUGGGAGGGUCUUUUAACAGCCAAAGGAACAUCAGUCAUUGAUUCGCUGAACUAGAAAUUGGUUAAUCAGGAACAUUUUAUGGGGAGCGGUACAAUCUGGAAUAACGAUGAUUCACUGUGUGAUCAUAUGUGUACAUAUUCGUGUACGGAGUUACUCCAAAUCAGACAUCAAAACUGUCAAUUUGCAAACAUUGAGUUUGUUGAAUGUAUGGAACAACUUGGAUCCGUUCGCAUUAAGACAUGAUCAGAUUGUGACCCAUCGUCAAUCCUUGCGUCGACCAACCAUUUACUAUUCCGGGUUGUGGUGGUGGGAGGGUUUUGGAGGAGUGGUUAGGAUAACAGGGUAUUGUUGGUCACUGUCAUGUUUUUCACAAUGUGUAAAGAUAUGUCAAAAUCUUUUUUUCGAAGUAUUUUCUGGAACAAAGCAUUUUUUCACAAGAACCCCACAGUCACUACCCGGAAAUAAAACUCUCUGUCCCUCACCUGCUUUAAACAAAUAUAUCAUGCAAACUAUUGCGUGAUACCCAGGGUUUAGUUUAACAUAAUGUUUUGAAGCUAAAACAUGUUACCAUUAGCUGCUAUGCCUUGAAGAUAGAUAUCGAUCACCUAGUUUCAGAUAUAAGCACUCAUAAUGCUAACGAGUGGUUCCUGGGGUCGACAAGUCCAUCUGUGUUUAGAUGUGUGUGUGUGUCAUACAUCAGACAGUAAAUCUACCAACAGAGUCAAUGUUAAUCAUUUCACCACUGACCCUUGGCAUUCAAGGAGAAUGUUGACGCUGCUUAAAGAUUGGCAUGUUAAACGAGGCUAAGACGUUUCAUAAUUGCCUCAUUAUCUCAUUUGGGCCCAAGCACGAAUUGGGCUUUCUUCUCAAAUUCAAAAUAUGCCAAAAGCACUUGAGUAAAAUGCACAGUUGGAAUUCUUCUUAUCUGAAAUUGAAACUUGGAAUAAACCAAAGGAAUUUGUUUCACGAGACGAUUUUAAAAACAUUUACUGCUACUAUCACAUGUAUAUAUGAAUAUUUUAGCAUUUCUAUAUAGUGAUUCCAUGAGUGAUAAUGGUUGAGAAGGCGAAAAGGCGACAACCGAUUUUGUUGUACCUGACGCUUAAUUUGACAAUACGUUUGACACCGAAAUGCUAUCUCUGUAAAUACACACAAGAAUGGUAACGGCAUAUUAUGUUGUUUUGUAAAGUUUGGAGAAGGAACAUAUUAUAGAUUCGUGGAAACUAUUUAUGUAUUGAUAUAUAUAUAUUUAUCUGUUUGUUACUGCAGCUAUCACCGUGUGCAAUCAUAACACAAUGUGGAAAGAUCGUAACAAUAUGCGUGUUUUGCUCUAUUGAAUAAACCACGAGAGGAGCAGGGUACCUCGUUGUCAUUAAAUGACUGCGAUUAUGUUUCAGCGUGAUGAAUUAACCGAUGAUACGAUGUACACUGUUUUGGAAGCAUGAAUUUCCAUUUGGCCCUCCAAGCUAUUGUCUUUAUGUUUGGUUCGAGAAAACAUUUUCGCCCCAAGUAUGGUGUUCAGAAAAUACAUAAUAUGACUUUGUUGCCGGGCUUGUCUAGUUGGCAGAUUAUACUGCUUUGUUGCAAUGUGUUUAUCGUACAAUGGAUUGGUUAUGUUAUGGAAUGGUUUUGUCGCUGUGGUAUUAUUAUGUACAGAUUAAAAUAAAAAAAUGCAGCAAAGAGGGUUUGGGUGAUCCUGGCACAGUCAAGCUGGUUUGGCUCAUCAUCAGCUCAGGGCCCUUGCC